AUGCCUAAGUGUCUUUCACCUGACGAAAUUGUCAACUUCAUCUUGGAAAGCCUCUGCGUUUGUGGUUUUAAUGGAGUUGAACUUGCUCAGAUAUGGACUUUAUGCGAGGAUAAGAUAAAGCCAUUGGAUGAUUUUUAUAAGACACUGAUAUGGACAUGGCUUAUGGGAGAUAAAUAUUUCAAAGUUUUUGUGAUUGACGAUGGAAAGAAGAAGCCAAAAAACUCACAUCGUUUACCUUUAAAACUUGUUUCAAAAGAUACCUUUAUAACCUAUCAAGAUCUAUGCAACCAAUAUGAGGAAGGCAAAAUACGAUUCAAAGCUGAUGAGAAUAAGCAGUCAAUAUAUUUGACCGGUGUACCACUAAAAAACAAUUCUUUGGGACAGAUGCCAUACGAACUCCUUAUGCAUAUUGCAAAAUCCAGAGGUCACGGAAUUACAUCGGUUGAUCUUAUAAAGGAAUCUGGCCAGGACAAAAGAAGUCUCACAUCAAGAUUGAACGUACUCGAGGAUCACAAGUACAUUCAAAAAACACCAACAAUUGCUUCUGGCGUGAGAACUUAUGUUAUGGUCCAUUUCCGAUUCAGAGACAACUUUGAAAAUAUACCUGUGAGAUUUGAGAAAUAUGAUAUGAUGCAAAAUGUGAUGAUUGAGCUAGGUAAGGCACCAAACGGGGUUCGGGUGAUAUCGGACUUGAUGAAGCAAGUUGGGGCAGAUAAUAAUCGUUAUGAUAGAAGACGAUUUCACUCUAUUAUUAGAUCUUUAGGCUCCAAAGGAUUCUUGGAAGAGAUUGUAGUGGUUCAUGAAGAGACCCAAAAAACUUUUGUGGGAGCUAAGCUGUUAAAGAAGUUACCACCUGAUUUUACACAGAAGGAAAUAAAGGCUCAAUUUAAUUCUCUUUCUCCUCAAAAGGGAGAGAAGCCUGUUCCAACCGACUCUGACACAAAGCAAGAAAGUGCUUCGAUCUCUAAUGAAGGUGUGCUUUACAACAAGAUCUUCCCGCUUCCAAAUCAAAUAUAUGACCUUGUCAAAUCAGAAAGGGGCAUAAGUGCCACCGAUAUUGAAGUUAAGAUCAACGGCAAAUACCGUACUCGGGUUUUUGCCAGUGCACUAAAUGGAUGUACUGUUGAGAGUCCCAUAAAGGGAGAAAGCCAUCAAAUUAUCAGGCAAUUGUGCUAUGAAUCAAAGCAGCGGUUCUUCCGUAUGUAUGUUCUUAGAGAUUUUGUGCAGUUGGAUUGUUUGAACAUGAGUGAUUACAUUUCCGACACACCACCCAAACUGGAUGGUAUAUUUACAAAAUCUUUAGUGGAGAUUUCUGCAGACGAAGUCAAAAGUCAGCAUAAGCGACGGUGUCGUCUUUUUGACCCAGAUAGUGCACAUCCUUUGUUCUUUUGGAGUUCAUACAGAGGCAAGCUUCUGCGAAAGCAUGCGUCUCCUGUAAGGAAAGUGGAUGAGUUUAAAUCUGGUGACGACAAAUUGGUACUAAGUAUUCGAAAAUCUGGUGUGCGUGUGGUGAAAAAAGAUACAAACUUUGAGCAAAUGGCCAUUGACAAUGCAUUAUUGCAACCUGUUGUCGGAGAGGAGGAUGCCACCAGUAGUACCGAACGACGUAUUGCACAACUUGCAACAUCAGGUUCCGAAGUUUCGAAUGAAUUACCUCCUAGUGUUGCGACACUUGUGCAGAAUGUGUAUACCGACAAUCCGGUGGAAUCAUCCGAAAGUGCAGAAAGGACAGAAAAGAAUAAAGAGGAUGGUAACAGUGAGAAUAAGAAGAGAAUACCGAUAUUUGUUGAUAAAGGGCCAAGGGCAAGAAGAAAGGUACUAUCGGAACUUGUGAACUCGAAAGGUUAUCAAAUUUUUAAUGGCGAUCUUUGUAAAAAGAUCUCAAAGGCAAUGAGUGUUGACUAUCUUAUAGAUCGUCGUACAGUAAUCAAAGAUGCCAUUUACUUGGAGUCAAAUGGCAAGGUCAAAAUUGUGAAGAAAGGAGCUCCAGGGAAGAAAGUUCUUACCAUACUUUUUACAGUUGAUGAGAGGAUGACAGAAGCAAAGGUAGAAAAGGUAUUCCGACAUUAUCAGAAUCUUCCAAUUUUGAAAGCAAGACAUCAUAUCAAGGGUGAAAAGAUAGAUUUUCAGAAGGUGAAGUUUUUCAAGAAGCCUAACUUGACCUUGAAGUUGCGAAAGAGCAAGAAAGUUGACAAGGAAAAGAGACUACGGAAAAGUAGAAUUGGAAUUCUUAAGAGCCGGUAUCUUUUUGAGCAUGGUGAGAAAAGGCUUAAAAGAAAAAGCAGUGCUUUGGAAGCUGAGCCAAGUGAACACGAUCUUCUAAAGCCUCUAAUGAGAAAUAAGAAGAGAAAGAAACUAAGUGUAAGAAAUAAGCAUGUGAGUUCGGCCACUCAUCCUGGAAUGAAGAAGAAACGGACUAGCGUGAAGCUUGACAGAAAGUAUAUUAUGCUGUAUAUCCGAGGUGUUAUCAUUUCACAAUCGUUGUCAACUGGGCAAAAUAUUGAGUGGCCAAGAGUUGCAGCAUUGUUUGGGGGAAGAUACACUGCCGAAAUGUUAAGAAGACAAUGGCCCAGACAUAAACGAAUGAUGGGCUUUAGAGGACUUCAGCAAGCACGAAGAAACUGGGAAAAUGCACUGCUUUCUGCAGUUGGAGCUGGAAAAAUUAAGGAAAAUGACUUGUUGGAUUAUGAUCUUAAGAAGCUGAUAGAUAUCUGGCAGGAAGAGGACCCAGAUUUCGUCGCCAAUCGCACAAAUUUCGUGUUGUACUGUGAUUAUGACUUGAAUUUGAAGAACACUAGUUUCAAGCUUUUCCAUCUAUCACGGUCCGAUGAACUUUUCAAGGAUGCACUAUCCAUCAUCGAUAAGGAGGUAACUUAUGCAAAUGCGUCUUUCACGUAUCCAAUUGAUUCAACUGAUGAAGAACGGCAAAUCGAGGGUGCAAUUGUUCCUUCGGAACUAGAGAAGGCAAAAUCAAAACUGAAGGCUCUUUUUGCGACCGGAGCAAACGACUUUUCGUCCGAUAAGGCUCGGAAAUUGUUCCCAGAUAGCUCAAGUGUAAUGUACUCCAAAGCGUUGAGUGAGCUAGAGGAUGAAAAGGCAAUUGCGUUUUUGGGUGAAGACUCAAAGAUUAAGUUCACCCUCACGGAUAAGUUGCUAUCAAUCGCAGACUGCAAGAUGGAUGAUGCCUUCUUCAAGAAUGCCGCUAAUCUCUAUGAUACCUUAGAGCAAAUUGUUGGACUAAAGAAGGGAAUAGUGCUUUCUAAAACAUCGAACAACGGAUGCUUUGCGGCUUUAUACAACUUGUUUGCUUACAACAUGGUUCGACUAACGCGUGUUGAUCAGGCCCCUCCUUCAUUGAAGUCUUAUUCAACCAAGUCGCAGGAUAGAAGGAAAUUGGAAAGCGACUUUAUUAUUUCUGACUUGGUUCCAUUCACAGUUCACACACUCCAAAAAGUUUCCGUGCCAGUAGGACCGCCUUGUUCACGUUUGUGGAUCAAUCUAGAUGGAAAGUUUAACGGCGUUCUUUGGACGAGGUCGGUUUGUGCAUUAAUAUGGUGUAUUGUAUUCCGACCAGGUGUUCGUUUGCUCGCCUUAUGCCAAAGAAUGGCUCCUUUCCUUGAAAAGUUUGAGGUACGGAUACUACUUGAUUGGCUUGUGGAGAGAAGAGUUGCUCGGAAGGGUGCCUACGGUGGUUAUUGGAUUCAGCCUAGCUGGUUCUUGGCAUUGAAAAAUGAGUUAUGA